GAGGCGGGCUCCUCGGGCUCUGUCCAGCGCGGCGGCAGCAGGAGGGAGGAGGAAGAGGGCUCGCCUUGGAGAGGCAGAGAAAUGAAGGAGCCCAGCAGGAAGCCCAACAGAGUUCGCCUGAAAAAGCGGGCGGCAGAGUUCUAAAGUUUGCAUAGUAGCGGGGAAGGAGAAGGACGCCGCCGCGCACCCCCCCCCCCUGCGGCUACAACCUGUCGGCCUCGGGGGGACCUGAAGCAGGCGAAGCAGAAUGUACCAGGGACACAUGCAGGCAGUAGGUGAGACCUUGAAGAAAAAGUGGCUCUGGCUUCAGAAAUGUGAGCUGAUCUUUACCUUGGGGAAAGGCUCUAGGGCGGCAGAUAAGGCUGUUGCCAUGGUGAUGAAGGAGAUACCGAGGGAGGAGUCUGCAGAGGAAAAGCCCCUCCUUACUAUGAAAUCACAGCUGGUGAAUGAACAACAAGAAAGCAGACCCCUUCUGAGCCCCUCUAUUGACGACUUUCUUUGCGAAACCAAAUCAGAGGUUAUUGCAAGACCUGUGACAUCAAAUACAGCAGUUUUAUCAACAGGGCUGGAUCUCUUGGAUUUAAGUGAACCCGUUUCACAAACCCAAAGCAAAGCAAAGAAGCCAGAGAAUCCCGCAAGAGGGGAAGGCUUAAAGGCUUCAACCCACAGAAAGAAGACAGACAAUCCGGACCUCAUCAGUGUGGAUGCUGAGCAGAAAAUCCAAUCUGGAAGAGCUCCUGAAAACUCAUCCCUGGAUUUAGUCAAUAUUCAGGCACAGCUAGACAAAUGGGAUGAAGUGAAGUUUCAUGGAGAAAGAGCAGGCAAAGGCUAUCCAGCACCUGAAAGAAAGUCUUCAUCUUCCAGAGCUCCAUCGAAAGAAUAUUUAUGGUCUGCGGAGAACCGGGCCCAGGCAGAGCUGGCCAGCACCAAGUCUGCGCUGGAAUCUGAUUCGACCUCAGAUUUAGAAUUAGCACCUGCACCAAAGGCACGUUCUACCAAAGAGCAACGUUGGGGAGGUGCCCUCCUCUCACGAAAUCAUUCCAUGGAGGAGGAAUUUGAAAGAGCUAAAGCAGCUGUUGAGUCAGACACAGAGUUUUGGGAUAAGAUGCAAGCAGAAUGGGAAGAAAUGGCUCGCAGAAAUUGGAUUUCAGAUAACCAAGAAGCACAAGGCCAAGCAGCUGUCUCCAUUAAUGAGAAGGGCUAUUAUUUUCAUACAGAAAACCCCUUCAAAGAGUGGCCCGGAGCUUUUGAGGAAGGAUUGAAGAAACUGAGGGAGGGGGACCUACCUCUCACCAUCUUAUACCUGGAGGCUGCUAUUCUCCAAGAUCCUCACGAUGCUGAGGCAUGGCAGUUUCUUGGCAUAACACAAGCAGAAAAUGAAAAUGAGCAGGGAGCCAUUGUCGCCCUCCAAAGAUGCUUAGAGCUUCAGCCAAACAACUUGAAAGCCCUGAUGGCCUUGGCAGUGAGUUUUACCAACACCGGACAUCAGCAGGAGGCCUACGAAGCACUAAGAAACUGGAUCAAGCAAAAUCCCAAGUACAAGUACAUAGCCAGGAGCAAGAAAGGAUCCCCAGCACUUACCAGAAGAAUGUCCAAGACAGCAGAUGAACGUUCAUUAUUGGAAGAAGUGAAGGAGCUGUACUUGGAAGGUGCUCAUCAGAAUGGUGAGAUGAUAGACCCUGACUUGCAAACAGGACUUGGCGUGCUCUUUCACCUGAAUGGGGAAUUUAACAGAGCCAUAGACGCAUUUAGCGCUGCCCUCACUGUUCGGCCAGAGGAUUAUUCCUUGUGGAACCGUCUGGGGGCAACUUUAGCAAAUGGAGAUCGAAGCGAGGAAGCUGUAGAAGCCUAUACAAGAGCUUUGGAAAUCCAGCCUGGCUUCAUCAGGUCCAGGUACAAUUUAGGAAUAAGCUGCAUCAACUUAGGAGCAUACAGGGAGGCCGUCAGCAAUUUCCUCACAGCUCUCAACUUGCAACGAAAGAGCCGGAGUCAGCAGCAGGUUCCCCACCCUGCAAUUUCAGGUAACAUCUGGGCAGCUCUGCGAAUUGCUCUGUCUAUGAUGGACCAGCCAGAACUUUUUCAGGCUGCCAAUGUGGGCGACCUGGAUGUUCUAUUAAAAGCUUUCAAUAUCGGACCCUAAUGCAUGUGUGUGUGCGCACACACAAACACACAUACACACCAAGCCCUCCAAAAAUUAUGAAACCAUCUAUUUACAAACAUUGCUGAAUCCCCAGUUGAAACAGAAAACUACACGGACAUGUUCCAGCGGAAAUAAUUCUGCAGGCUUCCACCAGAUCUCCAGAAAAGAAGUUAAAAAGCACAACACCUUGUAAAUAUCACCUUGCUCAAAUCUUCUUGAUGGAUUCAGCUGAAGAACGGCUACCAUGACACUCAAGGGGCUCGGAUAAAACAACCUCAACGAAAGAAACCAUGUUCCCUGCAACAUGUACAAAGAGUGCGUGUUCUAAAAGUCAAUGCUAUACGAUGAAUAAACAGAAAGAAUGUUGGGUAGCAUUUCCUAAGGAAGGCUAGUAGUCUAUUGCAGGGAUUCUCAACUUUGGGUCCCAGAUGUUAUUGGACUUCAACUGCCAUAAUCCCUAGCCCCAAUGACCUUUGGAUGGGGAUCAUGGGAGUUGAAGUCCAAUAACAUCUGGGGACCCAACGUUGAGAAUCCCUGGUCUAUUGGAUUAGCUACCCUGAAACCCAGCAUCUGUGGGUGGGGGUUUGAUGGCUUGUCAUUUUGCCUCCUCAAAAGACCUUACCCCCAAGUAGCACCAUCAAUAUGUGCAUGUUAGAGUAGCUGUUCCCCCCUCCCCGAUCACUGUUUAGCUGGCAAACAUCCAGGGCUUCAAAUUACACUCGUUGAAUUUUUCAUCUGAUUCCAUGAAGCUCCUGCAAGCUGGGUAUCUUGACUAGAUUCAAGAUGAAUUCUGCACAGGGGGAAUUUGCAGGUCAAAUAGCAUUUUGUUGGGUUGCAUUGUGUAAAUGUAAGUUGCAAUUUGCACUAGCGGAUGGGGAUGGGUAGGAGUCAGGCUGGCCCUUACUGUUUGAGCACCCUGGACAGGUACCUGGGUGCAUUGCCACCCCUUCCCCCUUCCUGGACUCACACCUCGUCUCCCCAAACCCCACCCUCUCUUAUCUUCGAAAGGUAGCCUGCUGUUGAGCUUUUGCUUUCAGCCAUCCUUUUUGGUUGAUUCUCGAAGAACGUUGUGCUGGAAGUUAUUUGUCGUUCCCUAGCAACACCAGAAUGUACUUGAAAUCACUUCUGAGAUACCCCCCAGCUGCUCACUGAGUGGUUUAUGCAGUUGCUAGGCAACCACCCUAUGCUUCCCUCCCUUCCAUCCAACAGGCAAACACCACUGGCCAUGGCAGCUGCCAGACAGAGAUGAUAAGAGGGUGUCUAGCAGCUGGCUGCAUAAUGCCCUGGACAGUUGGGCAUUGCACCCAGCAGGCAUUAUUCUGAGCAGAGCUCUUGACAGAAUUAGAAUCUACAUAUGUAUGCACUUUAAUCUAGCUUUCUUGUUUUUAUUUUUAAGGAGAAUAUAUAUAUAUAUGAGAGAGAGAUAAUAUAUAUAUGUAUGUAUGUGUGUGUGUGUAUAUAUGUAUGCAUGCCUUGCUUCUUACACAUUGACUUUCGGAGCGAAAGAUGCAGAUUCAGCCAUGUUGGCAUAAAGGACCAAAUAAGGACUCCUUCACAAGGCAGAGCUUUCUCCUCGCCUCCUGUUUAAAAAUGCAAAUAGAGGUAAUAAAUUACAGCCGAGCACAGAGAGGACAUUGCACGGUUGUUAAUAGGAGGCAAAUGUCAGCAAUGAAAUAACAUGCAUCUGUUUCCUUGGCCUUCCUCGAGGAAAUGAGAGCCUAUUCAGAAGCAGAUGCCCUGUUUUCCCGAGACUGUUUCAGCUGACAUGACAAGAUUUUCAGGCGGGAUUGCAAUCUCCCUGUCAUCCUCGAUGGGGAUGAGCUGAUCAAGCUCUCAGUGCUUGGUCUGUGCUUAAAGGGCCUGGAAAUUGGUCCCGGGAUCUGGUCUGAAGGAAUGAGAUGCUACAACCUUGCAGAAGCAAGUCGAGCUGGUGAGUGCCUGGUUGGGAGACCUGUGCUUGCCUCCUUGAGUUCUAACAUGCAGGCGAUAGAUACAAGAAGUACAUUCAGAUUGCCACCCAAGACCACAGUUCACCAAAAGGUGCACAUGCCCCAUUGACAUGUCCCCAUGGACAGGAGCACAGUAGGGGGCUCAUAUCAGUGGGGCUUGUGCAAAGACAACCUUGUUCGAUGGAGCCCCAAGACAAUGAAGUGCCUCAAACAAACAAAUCCUUUAAUUCCUAUGAAUGUCCAAAAGGUCAGUGAACAUGUUUGGUUGCAGCUGGAGCUAGAUGUUUGCAGCUGGAGCUAGAUGUUUGAGGGGGCAUGUUCUCCAAGCAUCCAAGACUAAGGCUAAUCUGUCAAGGGGCAGAUCUCACCCAUCCAUUAUGGGUGAUCAGGGUGUAUCUGUAAUUUUGUUUUAAAGUUUCCAAUAUCUUUACUUUUCAAAAAAAAAACAUGGACAGAAGUCAUUGAAAAAAGCAUGCCGUGUUUUAUACACAGGAAUGUUAAGCACAGGAUGGGCUGUGGUCCUUGAAGCCUGGCUUGUGCUUCCCCGGUUAUCAGUGCCCAUGCAGCAUCUUGUUUGGUUAUAUUGCGUUGGCCUUGACAGCAGGUGGGGUGUUUGCCAACCCCACAAUUAACAUUUUUUUUGCAGGUGCAGCCAAUCUUAAGAUUGAGCUACUGAAGUGGAAACUAUUUCUUAGAAGUAAUGAUGUCCUCCUAAUAACCACACCCAUCAAUGUUACCUUGUAGUGAAAGUUUCCUGUAAAUGCAACCCAUACUGAAGGAGUUCCCUCUAAAUUCAAGGCACCAUAAGAAUCCCCUUGCUGGAUCAGACCAGAGGUUCGUCUGGGCCAGCCCCCUUCUAGGAGCUAGUCAUGUGCCCUUGGCAAGUUCAGAAACAAGGUGACAGCCUUCUGGUGCUUACCCCCAGCAUCAGGUGCUAAAAGGUAGACUGCCACCAAACAUGGAGGUUCCAUUCAGCAAUCAUUGCUAACAGGCACUGAUUGGCCUACAUACGAGGCUACCUUCCAUUAUCCCAGAAGCAGCUUGCCAAAGCAGGCGUAUUCUGGGAAGGGAGUGGGGGGAGCAGCUUUUCAGCAGUAGUAAAUAGAGAUCUUACACAGACAGCAAUAAAACUUAGUUAUAAAUGCUCCAAUCCAUAUUGCUGCUUUCUUUUGCUCUGCAUGCUGAUGAUGUUAUAAUGCUAUCAGUGCUUAGCCAGUGGAAACAGCCAUUUAUUUUUAUGGAUUGCGAACAAACACCUUCAUUGCCUCUUUUAUUGCCCAUAAAGUCAAGAGACAACAGGUCAUUACCAAGGUUGAAAACUGUUUGGAAGAGCUGCUUGCAGAGGAUCGGUAGAGCAGUGAGAAAAGGAAGGGCUCGGUGCUGAUAGGCUUUGCUUGGGUCAUGGGCUGACAUCCCAUGCAACAUUCCGGCUGCAUUUUAUUGAAUCAUGUGCACAGGUGCACAAGAGCACUCUCACACAAAACACCAAACUUGUGCAAAUGCAGUUGCACUACAGACAGCCAUUGGAAACAACGGCCAUCCAUUGUGCAACUGUAUUUGUGUGAAUUACUGAACAUAGGUACAGCCAUUCACACAGAAACAUGUACACGUGUACAGACAGCUGUACACUAGUACAGCAUAAUACCUGAAUCGGGCUACAAGGCUUCCAUUUUUGGAAACAGCCUUGUGUCAAGUGCAUAUGUAGGUCCACCUUUAAUAAUGUCACUCACUGCGUCUGCUGCUUCUUGGUUUGGCACGCCAGUUAAAAAGCAGCCACACUAUUUGAACAGAGCCUUAAUUCCCCGUAAUUCCAAAGGUGAUGACCAUUUUUCUUGAAGAGCAACCCCGUUUGCUAUGCUUAAGUUUCCUCUUCCAUUCAAAAGACUGUUUUUACGGCUAUCUGAAAAAGCUAUAUGUUGAUGUGUAACUUAGCAAAUGUAGCUCUCUAUAUUUUUAAGGAUGUUUUUUCUAAUAGUAGAGAAAGUUUGUAAAACAGAUUUCUUUUAAAGAAACAUGUAGCCUCAGGUAUCAGCAUAUUGCACGUGACUGUAUAUUGCACAUGACUCCUAAAAUCACGCGACUUGUAUAAUGCAUGCAGGACAGCAAUCUUUUAAAUUCAAGUUUAUGCUGUGCAUGACUAACAGUUUAAACUAUUGCUGAGAACAAAAUCAGUAUGCCUAGCAGCAGCUUUAUUUCGCCAGAUCACUGGGUUUGAAAGGACUCCAGGUUAGCUGAAGUCUUGAAACGAGGAACUGUGUUACUCAGAGGCCUGCUACAGACUGGGACUCACUGGCCUCAAUGGCCCUUUUUUUCUGCAUCCAGUAGCCGUUGCAGGAGGCGCUCUGCUUCAGACCUGAAGGCUGGGCUAACAUUUGAACUGGGCCCUUUGGCUGGGCUUCUGACAGCUGCUUCAUCUGCUGCGAUUCGUGAUCAUGUUUAUCUCCAUGCAGAGAAAAGUAGGCAUGCGCAUGUUUGUGCACCAGUUUGAAUAUGAACCAGUUUUUGUUGCCGCCGAACCAGUUUGGCGGAUCAAGCGGAGGCCAGGGAGAACAGUGAGUGGCGCCUUUAAAAGUGAGUACAGCAGGUCCCACCUGCAUAAUCACCACUCCAUGCAGCGGCCACACAGCAGCAGCACACACAUGGCCUCCACGCAGAGGCGUAACUAUAGGGGGGGCAGGGGGGGCACAUGCCCCGGGCGCCAUCUUUUCUGGUCACGUGGGGGGCGCCGCCAUGACCAAUUUUUUUUUUAAUUUUUAAAUUUUUUUUGUUAAUACAAAUGUUUCCUGCUCAGUGCAGCAGCGCUGCAGCAGUCAAGGGAGCACAUCAGUGCCCCCUUCCCCACGAGCGGUCCCUUCCGCACUGCCUGCGCCCCCCCCCCCCAAUUGCUUUGCUGGCGCCUGGCAGCCAGUCAGUGGCCUGGCUUGGUGGCGGCGGUGGGCGCUUGUGAGGAAAAACCUAAGUAUAAUGUAGUAUGUUGGGGGGGCGGCGGGGGGCACGUGGGGGGGGCCAUUUCAGUGCUUGCCCCGGGCACCGUUUCCCUAGUUACGCCUCUGCCUCCACGCAUGUAUGGACGCCAUGUACAUGGCCAGCAUGGUGUUGCUGAAUACACAAAUGGAGUCCACGCAUGCACAGAGGCUGUGUUCAUGCCGGCACUGUGCUGCUGGCAUGCACAACCUGCGGGGGGGGGGGGAGCACAACAGCAGGAAGCUGCAUGGAGUAGCGAUCAUGCAGAUAGGACCUGCUGUGCUCACUUUUAAAGGUGCUGCUUGCUGCUGCCGCCAGCAACCCACACUCGAACCACCGAACCACUUGGGCGGCAGUACAAACCAGUUUGUAUUCGAACCGGUGCAUGAACCAAAGUCCGUGCACAUGCCUAGUUAAAAGCUUCACCUGCUCAUUCCUGCCAUCAAGCUGUUGUUAAAGGCACAAGAGGAGAUCAGGCUGAGUUUUUCUGCUCAGUUGGAACACAGCCCCACAUCGCUAACCCAACAUUACAGGGAGCCAGAGAUGCAGUUCCAUCCUACUCAUGGCAUGACCAAGGGCUUGCGUGUUACCGUAGUUCAUGUUCACCUACCUCUUUUCACAGGCUAGAUCCCAGAAGCCAGCAGUGUCCAGCAAAUGUCCCAGAGUCAAACACAAACACUAGCAUCAGAUUGAACUGGGGGUGGGGUGGGAGGCGCGAAAUUGCAGCUGGAUAGCAAGGCCGGAUGAACUGUUUCUGCUGGACAGUGAUCCCAGCCAAACUGACAUGCAGGCAAAGCACACAUGCUCGAGUGUAAUCAUCCAUGGAAAGCAUCAUACAUCUUGGACUCUCCACCAACCUCCUUUAAAACUUGUCCCUUAGCUUAGAACAGGGCCUCACAACUCUGGCCCUCCAGCUGUUGUCAGACUACAACUCCCAUCAUCCCCAGCCACAGUGGCCAAUAGUCAGGGGUGAUGGGAGUUGUAGUCCAACAGCUGGAGGGCCAAUGUUGUGCAGCCCUGGCUUCGAACAAGAGUUCCAGACCACAAGUUCCCAGAUAUGGUUGGAUGACGACUCCCAGCAACUGCGGCCAAAGGCCAGAGUGGCUGGGAAUGCUGGGUGUUGUAUUCUAGCAACACCCAAGGACUCCGGGUUGGAAACCCAUGUCAUAGAACAUGGCAGCUAAACACAUAUCCAUGGAAAAGUCAUGAUGUUUCCCAGGAUGGAAAAAAUGUAAGGUACAUUUUUCAGUACUAGUUAUCUUCACAGAUGAGAAAGGCAAUGUGGAACAGGACCCAGCUAUGUCUUUAAGACUGCCUCUGUGAAUAAUGGCACAGGUGAAAGGCACACAUAGAGAUCAGACAAUUCCCCACCACCACCACCAAUAUAGCAGAAAACCAGGAUUCCACAUUCAUCUGUUCAGCGUGACAAAACUGGAAGGAAGGUUACUUGAGCCACCCCUACUAUCAACUGGUUCAACUAACAUGGUUUUAUCUAAGAGCCCAUAGAGUUUGCAGGCUUUUCAUGGCAGAUCUCUAGCCUCUUCACUGAACUACAACCCCUCCAGAGAGAGAGAGAGAGAGAGAGAGAGAGAGAGAGCGACCUGCCCAUCAGCUCUGGCACCAAUAGAUCAGCAAUAUAUUGACACCAGUGUACAAACAGAAUGAUUAUAUCAUCACUGGUGAUUGGCCAGAUAUUUUUCAUGAAGAGAUGGAAAGAGAGAUCCUCUGAAGCUGGGAUAGACAACCUUGCUUCUCCAUCUGUUGUUGAACUACAGCUCCCAUCAUCCCAAGCCACAAUCUUUUGGCUUAGCCUUAAUAUGCUUUCUCUUUCUUUGUUAAAUGGCAUAAAUGAAGUUUAUGCUAAUCAUCAGUGGACGGAAGAUUGCAUUUUUAAAUUCACAGCUUUAAAAGAAAAUGCUUUUACCCACUGCAAAUUUAUAUAUGACGUCUAUCUAGGUGAAAUGAAGAGCAGAGGAAGAUUGAGCUCCCUCUGCUAUGUGAUGCUGGAAAUGUGAAAUGGCAUUUCUUGCACCAAGUUUAAAGCUUUCUUUGAAAGCUCAAGUACAGUCAAUAAGAGGAAACCAUCCCUUUGUGGUUGAAAGAUUGCCCGGCUCGUAAAUAUAGCCACAUCCCCAACUGGUCACAUCAUUGCCAGGGGCGCAGGGAGGCUGGCCUGGCAGCAGCCCUGGAACAGACUGCUUCUACCACGACUGGCUUUCGUGGCAUCUUCCGACCUCCCUGCAUGCCUUGUGCUGACAUUGGUAGCACAUCAACACGGGGGCAUGGAUGCACAGCCCGUCGCCCUUUUCCAACAGGCCAACCAGCACUUUGUUCGCCAGGCGGGGGCUUGUUUCCUCUCAAGAAUCCAGCCGGCGAAGAAAGAAGAAUCCAGCCAGCGAAGAAAGUGCUAUUGGCUGGCUGGAAAAGGAGCCAUGGGCCUGUCUCUCCCAGCGGUGAGCACUUCAUUCUCCAACCGGGUGUUGCAGGGAGCAAGGAGGCAUCCUGCUGGUCCCUGGAUGCUGGUGGCCCGUGGACAUUUGUCCUCCCACAUCCAAUGAUGUGGGAACCUAUCCACAGUUCUGAGUGGUUGGAAAUGAUCUGGAAAUGACUUCAGAUGUCAUUUCCAGCCGAGAGCCAUUUUGUGGCUCUCUGUUUAAAAAGGCAAAUAUUUAACCAUUUUCAGGGUUGGGGGGUAUUUCUGGAUACCUGUGCCGCUGGUCAUUGCCAUCCUACAGUUAGGAUCUCUUUCCGAAGGGCCAGUUCUCGGCAGCUUAAUGGGGAGCCUACACAAUUGAUGUAGAUCUGAGUUGAGUCUCAUUUCCAUGUGAAUGGCAGACCACCAUGCUUUGAGUCACUAUUAAGACAUCCAUGCAUAGCCCCGUAUUUGCUUAAGACAUCCUGGAACCUGCUUUGCUCAUUAUGAUUCUGAUUGUGCGUGCUAGCCACCAUGUUGCAUUUUAUUGGUCACUUUUGUGUUGGGGGGGGGACACCUCAAAAUAAUUUGUAAGCAAUAGAUAACACACAUUUUUUUUAAAAGUCACUUUUUGCAUUUGGUUGGAAUUGUAUGCCGUGUGGGGAUGCUACUGAAAACAGCAGCCAACGUACCACACAGCAAAACAUGUUCUAUCCUUGCAGAGCAUAUCUGCAUGGGCUUCACAUGCAUAAAAAGAUUGCUGGGGGAGGACUUGUCUUGUGGUAGUGAGUGUGAAUUGUUCCCUUUGUCAAGCAGGGUCUGCCUUGGUUUGUGUUUGUAUGGGAGACCCCAUGUGGGCCCUGUAAGAUAUUCCCCAUAGGGGAUGGGGCCAUAGCUUAGUAGAAGAGCAUCUGAGGUUCCAGAUUCACUCCCUGGCAGCAUCUCCCGGAAGGGCUGGAAGAGACUCCUCCCUGUAGCCCUGGAGAGCCUUCUGCCAGUUAGUGUAGGUCAGGCAUCCCCAAACUGCGGCCCUCCAGAUGUUGCUGAACUACAACUUCCAGCAUACCCAGCCACAAUUUUUUGUGGCUGGGUAUGCUGGAAGUUGUAGUUCAGCAACAUCUGGAGGGCCGCAGUUUGGGGAUGCCUGGUGUAGGUGAUACUGAGAUAGAUGGGCCAAUGGUCAGCUCAGUAUAAAGGCAGCUAUAUUCCUAUGCACACAGAUGCAGUGCUAAUCUAAUAUUAAUUGCCACCACUUGUCCUUUUGACACGGCAAACAGUGCAGGCAACCAGCCAGCAUCCAAGAACUGAAAGCAGUACAUAGAGUGAGGAGGAUAAUAGCAAAAUGAUGGCAGGUCAAAAGCCUCAGAGGAGUGAAGCUCUUCCCAAUCUAUUCCAAAUUUUGAGAAACUUCUAGGAACCAUUGAAGUACAACAUUGGCCCCACAAACUCUUUAUUCGGCUCAAAAAUUAAUAACACAUCAGAGGAGCAAAUCUUUUCAGGAUCGAACUCUUGAAAUAUGAAAGAUGCAAGUAUGAGCAGGAUUAAGCCCUAUGUUUGAAUGUUUACAUUCACUUUUGAAUGUUCAAAAUAAUCUAGGCAAAUAAGGAGUUUAAGCAUACAACAAAAUUUUUUGACUCUAUAUACUUAAUGCACCAACAGCUGCAUAUAAUAGUUAACAAAACACAGUUCUAUAGUUUACUGAAGCUUCAAAGCAACGUUUCGAUGCUCUGCUCCUUAAUGUAACUUAUGCUUUUAAAUUGGAACUGUAUGGAUCCUUAGUGUGCUUAAUUUAUUAGGCUGAUUAAGACAAGGUUUGCAGAGCACCACAGUAAAUGUAUUUUUGUACGGUAACGGAAGCAUGCCUUCCUGUGAUUCUUUUUCACUUAUUAAAUGGUAUUUAUUUUCCUGUAUUUAUAAAACUGUGCAAUUUUUAAAUAUGUUUUAAAAUAAACUUUUGUCUGUGGCUUCAAGUUACCUGCCA